AUGGCAUAUUCAAAUUCAAUUCUGUUAAACUUCUCAAUCCUUGUUGUAUUUUUAUUUAAAGUUAAAGAGAUCACUGCAUUUGAUCGUACUGUACAUCUUUCAAAUAAGGAUGUCAAACCUUCAUCAAUAUUUGAUCGUACUGUACAUCUUUCAAUUAAGGAUGUCAUACCUUCAUCACCUAAGGAUCCGAUAAGGCUCACUGUUCAUUGUAAAUCUAAAGAUGAUGAUCUUGGACUUCACACACUAGAUUUUGGAGGAACUUACACAUUUACAUUUGCUCCUAUAUUGUUUCCAAGAUGGGUUAAUACCUUAUACUUCUGCAGUUUUACAUGGAAUAGAAACCCUCAUCGUCAUUAUCUUGAUGUUUACAAUCAAAAGAUAAAUAACUGCAAACAUUGCAAUUGGAAUAUAAGUAAAACCGGUGGAUGUUUGAAUAAUAAAUGUCAAAAUUGGAAAAGUAUCGAAUUAAUUGAAGCAAAUAGUACAUCCAAAAUGUAA